GGGCUUCUAUGCAGAAAAUGACACAUGUGAACACUGCAGCUCUUCUUGCAAGACAUGUGAAGGAAAUGCCACCAACUGCCACUCAUGUGCAGAAGGCCUUGUCCUGGAGCAGGGAAUGUGCCAGAAAACGUGCUCCAAGAGGCAUGUGGCCAUGGAGGGGGUGUGCAAGCCAUGUCCGGAGAUGUGUGAGGAUUGCAUCCAUGAGAAAAUAUGCAAAGAGUGCAUGCCUGACACCUUCCUGCAUGAAGGCACGUGCCUUCAGUCCUGUCCCAAGAAGUUCUACAAAGACGCAGGCCACUGUGUCCGCUGCCACCAAGACUGUCUAGAGUGCAGCGGCCCGUCAGCAGAGGACUGCAGCAGCUGUGCUAUGUGGUUGCUGUCGUAUCUCUACCACGGGCGGUGUUUGGCAGCGUGUCCAGCAGGAACUUACCAUGAAAGGUGGACUGAUGACUGCAAAGAUUGCCAUGAGUCCUGCCAGACCUGCUCGAAGGCUGACACCUGCCAGACCUGUCAGAAAGGCCUGACGAUGAACAGCCAUGGGGAGUGCGUGCCUCACAAGGAAUGUACCGUCUCUGAGUACUGGCAUGAGUCUCUGGGGUGCCAGCCCUGUCACUCUAAGUGCUUCCGCUGCAGGGGGCCUGCUGAGGACCAGUGUCACAGCUGCCCGAAGGAGAACCUUCUUCUCA